GAGUACUGUUUACCAGUUUCCUUUCCCUUUCAAUACUAAAUUUCACUCACUCACAAUAACAAACUCAAAAACAAAAUUUUCUUCUGCUAAUUUUAGUUUCAAUUUUAAUCUCAAACUUUCAUUUACAAAAAUUUAACCAAAACCCCAAAUUAGAGACAAUGAAAGGGUUUUUCAAGUCCAAACCAAAAUCUCCUGCAGAAAUUGUACGCCAAACUCGAACCCUUCUCUUGUCACUUAAUAGCAGCGCCACUGGUGGCUCCAAAGUUGAAGACAAGAUGGAAGAAUUGCAUAAGCAUAUUAGGGAAUUGAAGGUUAUACUUUAUGGCAGUAGUGACCAUGAACCUGUGCCUGAAGCUUGUUCGCAGUUGACUCAGGAGUUUUUUAAAGAUAACACUAUGAAUCUUCUUGUUGUGUCUCUUCCGAAACUUAAUUUGGAGGCCCGUAGAGAUGCGACGCAGGUGGUUGCGAAUUUGCAGAGGCAACAAGUUCAAAGUCGUAUGAUUGCUUCUACUUACUUGGAAGCUAACUUGGAUGUUAUCGAUAUUUUGUUAACUGGGUAUGAACAUGUAGAUCUCGCUUUGCAUUAUGGCACUAUGUUGAGGGAGUGCAUUCGUCAUCAAAGCAUUGCAAGAUAUGUCUUGGAUUCAGAGCACAUAAAGAAGUUCUUUACUUACAUUCAGCUUCCAAAUUUUGAUAUUGCUGCAGAUGCUACUGCAACUUUUAAGGAGCUUCUGACCAGGCACAAGUCUACUGUUGCAGCAUUUCUUUCAAAGAAUUAUGAUUGGUUCUUUCAGGAUUUUAACUCAAAGCUGCUGGAAUCUGAGAAUUAUAUCACCAAGCGACAGGCUAUUAAGCUGCUAGGUGAAAUUUUACUUGAUCGAUCAAAUACCUCUGUAAUGGUACGAUAUGUGAGCUCCAAAGAUAACUUGCGAAUUUUGAUGAAUCUUCUAAGGGAGUCAAGCAAGAACAUCAAGAUAGAUGCAUUUCAUGUCUUCAAGUUAUUUGCUGCAAAUCAAAACAAACCUCCCGAAAUAGUCAGCAUACUGGUUGCCAACAGAAGCAAGCUUCUGCGUUUAUUGGCCGAAUUCAAACUGGAUAAAGAAGAUGAGCAAUUCGAGGAAGAUAAAACUCAGGUUAUCAAGGAGAUUGCUGAACUGAAACAAGUAGGUAGCUAGUAGUUAGCCAUGGGAGAAAUGUAGUCUCAACUUAAGUAGUUGCAAAUCUGCUUUUGUUUAGUUGAAAUGCCAAAGGUUUGACUAGAUGCAGUAGGCCAGUGCUUGUUGUAUAGAACUGUUUUUCAUACCAAAAAGAAAAUAUUAACUAAUUGUCU